AUGGGGCUCGAUGUUGUUGAUAAUGUCUUCCUGACAGUUGGGCUGGGGGAUUCCGCCGCCGUCUUCGCCGACCGCCUCCUCUCCGCGCUCCGGUUCGACGCCCGCCAGCUCCUCGGGCUCCUCAACCGGAGGAACAUGAUCCUCCUCUGCCACGCCAUCCUCCUCCUCAUCCUCAGGGACGCCGGCCUCCUCGCCGCUCCCGCUCGACGACGCACCAGCUCUGCCACCGCGCACGGCGGCGACGACGCCUGCUCCGAGCCUCAGCCAAAGAGCAUCGUCGAGGCAAGGCGGAGCAGCAGGGCGGCUGCUGCCGCGUCUUCGGACGCCAAGAGCGCGACCCUCGCUGACGACGGUCGUCUCAAGCUUGAACGACGACGAAGCCCUGGGCGUGACAAGGCAGCGGCGCGAUUACGGCGCGGGAAAACAUCUCCCGUAGCACGAGAGAUCAUCGGUCCUGCGGUCGACAAACACAGCUCUGAACGCCGCUUCAUGGAUCACAGUGGUGUUGGCAUGGAGAUUGUUGCGGUGGAGGACAAGAUCUCAUAUCUGCACUCUCAAGAACCGGUCGCUGAUGACGGCAGAAACAGAGGAGAGAUGGCGCGUCAGGAAACAGAGCCCGAGUGCGCUGACGACGUGGACGAGAUGAACAAGAAGUUCGAAGACUUCAUCGCCACCAUGAGGAGGAAGAUGCAGCUCGAGAGCCUGCAGCUGGUCACGGUGUAGAACAGA